AUGGAGCUGCCUCCGCUGACCAUGGAGCAACUCUCACAGUUGGUGGCCUCCAACGCUCCACCGUCACAGCUCUUCGAGGCCCUAUCGCGAUAUGAGCUUCAAGCAUGCCUCAUUUCUACAGGGGAUAACAGUCCUAACACAGGCGGUGGUGACUCUACACUAUGGAGCCUAUUCUACUCGAGCUUCUUUCUCGUCCAUCUUCUUACCGACCAAGUAUCUGAAGCUCGCGCCUUAACUAAACGAAUUCCUGAAGCCCUACUGCAACAUGAUCCUUCUCUACAGAACUGCUUGACUUUACUUCGAGCGGUAUGGCAAACUCAACAUGGCCAGGUCUAUCAGGUGCUCCGAGGGCUACCAUGGCCAGACGUUUUGCAGCCACUGGUUCGGAGAUAUGAGAGUUUCUUCCAAGACAAGACUUUGAUCGCAGUGAGCAGGUCGUACGAAGCUAUACGAUUAGCCACAGCAGCAGCCCACCUUGGUCUUGACGACCAGCUCGCCAUACAGGAAGAUCCAAACAUAAUAUCGAAUUUCACGAAAUGUGGAUGGACAUGGGAUCCGGAAUCAAAGCUGCUGCAUCCCAAACCUAUCGUCGUAUCGCCCGCGGAGCCUCAGUCGUCCAACGGCAUUCGCAAAGCAAUGGCAAUGCUGGGAACGCGUGCAUUUUAA